AUGGCGGACUUGAGGAGUGUUAUUGACAUGUUGAAUGAUCUAGUCUCGAGAAUUGAUGCACUCUCCGAUGUAUCUGAAAUUGGGGUUAUUGUUGUGCGACUCGAUUUCUUAAAUAGAAUGCUGGUCAGCCUCGACGUUGACCAGGACAUUAUUGAUACGAUCGGUACUCUUCACUCAACUGCUGCUGCUAUGGAGAGCUCCGCGAAUGCGAGUGGAGGAUACUAUCCUCCGUGUUCUGCGUCAGGUCAGCGUGGUAGGCCAUCAUUUGAGAUCUCCAGGGAUCAUCUCGCAUUUUUAUUGGAACAUGGUUUCAAAGUACAGGAAAUAAGUUGUAUUCUUGGAGUGGGAAAGCGAACAGUGGAAAGAAGGAUGGCUGUCUUUGGUCUUAGUAUUACUGGUAAGAAAAACACGGCGGCCGGUGAUGGAAGUGCCUAUAUGAAUAAUCAGAUUAUAGUAUUUUUCACAUUGUGUAAGUACUGCUACGUACACGCAGGUGAUGAAUUCGCUGGCCAAAAUUGUGAUGAUUGCUUUGCAAAGAGCAUGGUUUCGAUUCGAUUUAGGGAUGGACCAUUUUAUUAUGAUAUUUUUUUGGCCGAGGGGGGGGGGGUUGGGGCAAUUUCCGAAAUAAAAUUCCAACAUGCACAGCAAAAGUAGUAAAAGAUAAUUCACUUGCGCAACGAACCAAAAGAAAAAAAAAAUUUGGAACAAUCCCGGAAAAAAAUUAGUGCACAGCCACAAGACGGAAAAAAAUUCAUGUUAAAAAAAUUGCCCAACUCCCCCGCCCCCCCCCCAAAAAAAAUGAAAAAUAAAAUGGUCCAUCCCUUAAGAGAAUAUAUGGGAUGUUUCCCCCACCCCCAGAAUUCCUCUUAUGAUAAAAGUGCACCCAUGUCAUCAGAAAUUCGAAAUUUAUUGAAUGAAAAAAAGAAAGUAAGUAAUGAGAGAUGGCUGCAUUAAGGCUCAACACGGUGCCGCAUUGCGCGCAAUGAGUAAAUUGUUGCACGCAAUAUUGGAUAUAAGUUAAGUAGAAACACGUACUACUUCUGCAACAUUGCAAGCCGCAAAUUUUUAUUGUCUAAAACUAAAUUCCUAGCUCUUCUUUGACAUAUUUGACUGUUUUAGGAUUGGCUAGUGUUGCAGUAUCUUGUAUAGUAGGGAAAAGCCAGGAAAUGUUGCAGCGUGUAACCACAUUGAGUGAAGAAUGUUGCACCGUGUGUCCGGGCCUUCAGUGCAAAAUUCUACCAAAAUACAAAAAUAUUGUCCAAAAGUAAUCUAGCAUAUCAAAUAGGUACCCUUAGGAAUCACAUAAAGUUGCCUUGUUUCCAGGGUGUUUUACAUUGUAUCAUGUCAAAUUUUAACUAAUUGACGUUCUAAAGGAUGUUACAGUCAUAUCCCUGAUGAACAACUUGAUGAACUGGUCACAGCUGCCCAAAACAGCAACCCCAACAUUGGCAUUCGUAUGCUUAAAGGUCUACUCCAGAGUCAAGGGCACCGUGUUCAGAGGGAGCGAAUACGUCAAUCUCUUAUCAGAACAGACCCUGUGGGAGUUUGGCAGAGGUGGACCGUAGCAAUAAGAAGGAGACAAUACCAUGUGCAUUCUCCCCUUGCUCUUUGGCACAUUGAUGGGAACCACAAACUAAUAAGG